AUGCCUGCUUUAGAGACCGUCCACGACUCCCGCCCCGUCCUUGGGCAUGUCAACCUCAUGAUGGAUAGCUUCAUCGCCAAUGCUGAUAUCGACGACAUGCGAGCGGUCAUUCGCUCAUUCCUGGCGACGAACCCACCAAGCGUCACCGCCGCCUUCCACGACACUGCGCGGAGACGACUGGACAAAAUGAACGCGAAACAGCUCAGCCCCUCGACACAGCUCUUCUCUAGGUCUUCCGACGGCUUCUCACAUCCCACGCCCGAGCUCGCCACCGUGCUCCGCCGUGCACGCUCGCUAUACGGCGCAGGCAUGGGCCUCGCGAGCCUUUCCCUGCUCACGCAUGUGGUACGAGCGACGCUCGGCAUGCGGUGGCAGGAGGACGGGGACACCGCGGACAUCCUCGCACAUAUCGACGCCGACGUGACACAGGCGAUCCAGAGCUCGAAGGAGGAGCUGGCCGGCGGGCGGGUGACGGACCUGAGCGGGGCCCGGGCGACCGUGAGCGAGCUGCAGAGCGCGCUCAUCCACAGCGAUCGCGAGGCGGAGAUCUGGGGGUGCGAGUCGCCAUUCGAGCGUGCGCUCGCGAGUGUGCAGUAUUGGAAGUUCUAG